UCUUCCUCGAAGCACUGAUAUUUAUGGAAAGGGGUUUCAAAAGCUUGAAGGCUAAGCCCGUUCAGCUCCGUGUUUGGUGAAACAAUGGCAACAGAACUAAACCACCAGCCUUGCCCUUUCUCUUUAUAAACCAUUUACUAAACCCCAUCAAUUCAGCAUCUUCUUCGAUCUACUUCUCAAAUUCCUCAACAAGCUCCCAGAUUCUGCCCGUGUACGUGAUCAAACACAUUCGCGGUGCUUUUCCAUCUUGAAGGUUAGAAGAAAGUUAGUCGGUUUGCCACUUGGCAUGCCGUCGCUUCUUUGAAUAGUAAAAUGGAAAGGGGUAGAGGAAUCGAUGACUAUGAACCAGUACCGUUUCAGCCAGGACCACCCGUGGACAGAUAUGGUUUUAUAAAGCAGAAUGUUAGUAAUAGUAGCGCUGCGGAAGGUUUAGCAAAGAGUAGGGAAGCUAGAAGUGUAAGAAAAUGGAGGAAAAUGAUUGGGGUUGGUGGGAGUGAUUGGAAACAUUAUGUGAGGAGAAAGCCUCAUGUCGUUAAAAGGCGUAUAAGGAAAGGAAUUCCUGAUUGUUUAAGGGGUCUUGUUUGGCAGUUGAUCUCCGGAAGCCGAGACCUCUUGCUGAUGAACCCAGGGGUUUAUGAGUUCUCUAACAGUAAAAGGGGUGAAAAUUGGUCUGUUUCCAGCUUCAUUAUUAAUUUUCUUUUAUCCUAUGUUUACACUCUGUUUUCUAACUCAAAUACAACCGUUAUGUGUUUAAUUCUUACCUCAUGGAUACUAUUUUCGUUCAACUUAAUGCCCCACUGGCAAUUCGUGUUAUUUUAUCAACUUGUUAUUUAUGAGACGUCUGCAUCAGAACUGGAUAUAAUUCGAGAUAUAUCCCGCACCUUUCCAACACAUGUUUUCUUUCAGCAGAGACAUGGACCUGGCCAAAGGUCCCUUUACAAUGUUUUGAAGGCAUACUCUGUCUUCGAUAGAGCUGUUGGCUAUGUCCAGGGAAUGGGUUUUUUAGCCGGUCUUUUGCUUCUUUAUAUGAGCGAAGAGGAUGCAUUUUGGUUAUUGGUUGCAUUACUUAAAGGAGCUGUUCAUGCUCCUAUGGAAGGAUUGUACCAGGUCGGGCUGCCUCUUGUACAACAAUACCUGUUUCAGUUUGAGCAUUUGGUGAGGGAGCAAUUGCCGAAGCUGGGUAAGCACUUUAGCCGCGAGAUGAUAAAUCCAAGCAUGUAUGCUAGCCAGUGGUUCAUAACUGUAUUCUCGUACUCUUUCCCGUUUCCUUUGGCUCUCCGAAUUUGGGAUGUAUUUCUCUUCGAGGGCGUCACGAUUGUCUUUAAAGUCGGUUUGGCCCUUUUGAAAUACUGCCAUGAUGAUUUGAUACAUUUACCCUUUGAGAAACUCAUUCAUGCUUUGCGCAACUUCCCGGAGGAUGCAAUGAAUCCAAAUAUAUUGCUGCCCAUGGCUUAUUCGAUCAAGGUAUCCCGGAGCUUAUCGGAAUCAAAAAUUGAGUACGAGAAGAAAUAUGGAAAUGCAAAUGCGAUAAUUGAAGAGUAAACAAGUGCAUUGAAGCAACCACUCAACCUGUACAUUCUUAUUCUCACUGAUCU